CACAACUAACAUGACGUAGUCAGGUGAUGGAUGAAGAAGAGCUUGAGAAAUUGGCUACUAGAGAGCUCCUAAAGGAGGCUAAGAGAGGAAAGAUACGUGCUGAACAGGCUGGAGCUUUGGGCUGGCAGACAUGUCCGUUGCCGAAGGUGAACAGACGUUUUAUGGGAAACAUGGUGAUGGGGACCGUCUCAGAGAGACGGCGGCAGGAAGAGAGAAAGAAGAAUGGAAAGAGUCAUCACCGCAGAGACACAUCGGAGUCUCACAAGCGCACAUGGAAACGUGCUACUAGCCAGGAUACGCAACGCGAACCUGCAGCAGAAGCAAAGAGAAGUCGAAAGUUGACAGACGCACAAGAGAAAGACGAUAGACGACAGUCGGGCGAUAGGGGACUCAACAGACGAAAGGCUUCGAAACAUAAAUAACCGUCUGGCAUUUUGACUGUUUAUUGUGUAAACAUUGAAAGUGCUGAAAUCAGCAGAUAGUAAUUAAGUUGUAGUUGACAAUGGCACCUGCUACUUGUAGAAAAGAAUUUAUCAGACUGCCAAGGUCAACUGUCUAAAUCUAUGCUUCCAGAGAAAUCUAUGGCGAACCAUGCCAUAAUAGCCUCCUGUCCUGUUCUUGUUUUAGGUCAUUUAAAUAGAUAAUAGUAAAUUGUAGUAAUAGUGUUCUCCCCGGGAUUUG